AUGGCAAAAAUUUUUAGCGUUGAUCAUAUUACCAUUCCUUCACGAACAGGAAGAGGGGUUUUGAAACGAGUCAGCGAAGUGUUCGAUUGUUGGUUUGAAUCUGGAUCGAUGCCCUAUGCACAGAAUCAUUACCCAUUUGAAAGAAAAAAAAUCUUUGAGGAAAAUUUCCCUGCGGACUUCAUUGCUGAAGGCAUUGACCAAACUCGAGGAUGGUUUUACACUUUAUUGGUACUUUCAACGUGUCUUUUUGGGAAGCCACCAUUCAAGAAUCUGAUUUGCAAUGGGCUGGUCUUGGCCGAAGAUGGAAGUAAAAUGUCCAAACGAAAGAAGAAUUAUCCGGACCCUAUGGAAAUCGUCAAUAAAUAUGGAGCAGAUGCACUUCGACUCUAUUUGAUCAACUCGCCUGUGGUUCGUGGAGAAAAUUUGCGUUUCCGAGAAAGUGGAGUCAAUGAGCUUUUAAAAGAUGUUUUCCUGCCUUGGUUUAAUGCGUAUCGCUUCUUGGCUCAAAACUUGAAGACUUAUGAAAGUGAAAGUGGAGCUCCAUUUGAGCUCGUACCACUUGCCAAGGACGGAAAUGUCAUGGAUCGUUGGGAAAUGAAUGAGUAUCGUCUUUAUGCCGUCGUUGCGCCACUUACACGUUUCUUCGACACGUUAACCAAUUGCUACAUUCGCCUCAACAGGAAACGCAUCAAGGGAGAAAGUGGUAUAGAAGAACAAGCCGUGGCCCUUUCAGUACUAUGCCGAGUGCUGUCCAUCAUUUGCCGUUUGAUGGCACCGUUUACACCAUUCUUCUCGGAAUACGUGUGGCAACAUCUCAAACAGGUGGUUGGGGCCACUGAAGAAUCUGUUCAUUUCUGUCUGGUUCCAAAGCCAAAUGAAGACGCCAUUGAUGAAGGUGUUGAAAGAAGCGUUCAGGCUAUGAGGUCUGUCAUGGAAUUGGUCCGAGUAGUGCGAGAUCGUAAAGGCAUUGCCAUCAAGUAUCCGCUCAAAGAGAUGAUUGUAAUCAACAGAGAUGCACAAUUUCUUGACGAUGUUGAUGAUUUGAGUCACUACAUUCUCUCCGAGUUAAAUGUGCGCAAGCUUGUUGUGAGCAGCGAUAAGGAAAAGUAUGGAGUUCGAUUGAAAGCUGAACCUAACUUCCGUUUACUCGGGGCUCGACUUAAAGGCGAUCAGAAGAAAGUGGCCGAGUAUUUGAAGAAAGAAAUUAGUCAAGCAGAGCUUGCACAAUUUCUGAAUGAAGGAAAAUUGGUGGUAGUGGGAUACGAAUUGACAAGCGAAGAGGUUUCAGUCAGCUACAGUGGGAUGGGUGAUCAAGCGGCGACACACCAUGAAUAUCAUUCCGAUGUUAAUACUAUCGUGGUUGUCGAUGUCUCGGAAGAUGAUACGUUGCUAGAAGAAGGAUUGGCUCGAGAGGUCACGAAUCGCAUUCAGAAGCUACGCAAAGCUGCCAAGUUAGUGCAAACCGACAAAGCCUCUGUUUAUUGUACUGUGUCUCCACCAGGGUGUAAAUUAUCUUUGGUUCUUGAUGCACACAAGGAAAAGAUUCAACAGGCUACCGGUACACCAAUGUUUUUUGAAACUCCGCCCACGGGAAUGAAAGUGGAUGUGGAGUUGGCAGAAGCGCAAGCCAAAAUUAAGGAUGCCGGGGGAAUCAAGAUCUGGCUAGUUAGCGAGAACGGGCCACAAAGCAAAACAAGCGCUAAGCAAGAUGAACUUCUUGUUCUCUACAAUGGUAAAUCUUUGUCUGUGCGACUCACGACAAAGGACGCAAAAAUGGAAAAAUAUUCGGACUUGCUUUAUGAGAUCAGAUCAGCUUUUGGUCUUUGGUCAGGAUCGGUUAAGCUGGCCAUGGAAGAUGGGAAGUUAGUUCACUCGACAUCUCCAAUCGGGAAGUUAAUGGGAAAAACCGUCAAUGUUGUUGUU